AUGCCAUCCGAGUUUGUGAACCAUUUUACACGUACCCUGGAGCCUUCCACCUCCAGACCAACCUCGCCACCGCCGUCCUCGACAUUCAACACAAAAGGUCAUAAAACUCAGACCAAUGUCGUUACGUCUUCUUCUACUUCGGCGUCAGCAAGAAAAGCAGCGUUACACGCAUUGCUAUUGUCGUUGAACCAACAUACCGUAUCUCUGGACGAUAUCCAACGUAGUUUACCUACAUUGGAAGGACUUUUAAAAUCAAGAACCGCAGGCGUAACUGCUGAAAGCACAGAAGUCAGCCGAGUAAGCGUACCCGACGCGGAAGAAGACGCUCUCGAACAAGCAAUUAUAGGGAAAUUGACAGUGUCUUUAUAUUCUGAUGCUUUGGAAAUUUUCAUAACCCAGGCUACCCAAGUAGAGGCAGAAGCAGAAUGGUGGUCUGACGUGGAAAGCUCCCGUAUUCAAGUUUGUCUCUAUCUCCUUCAAACUCUUCCUUCGCGUGUUUGCAAUGUCUUACGAACUAUCAUCACCACACUACGAUCCCAUCAACUUCCUAUGAAUUUAUCUACCCUUUCUCCCUCCUCGCUACACGCUUUAUUUUCCACCUCAACGCUGAGUCUUCGACCUGGUGUUCUUACCACCAGUUUUUUCCCUCACCUUAGACACCAACAAUCUCUGAGCCUUUCUGUCCUUUUGCCAGCGUCGUCAUCAACCUAUGCGUUGGACCAUGAGGUCUCAGAAUCAACUAACGCCGUUUACGUUCGACUACGCAAAUCAUUCCAUCGCAUGGUCCACACACUCACUUGGACGUUCCGUUUUUUUAUUUUGCCUCUGGAAAUUACCAGGCAAGAGUGCAGAUACAACCAAAAGGCUCUGGAGAGAAUUAGGGAUGAACGUGCGCGUGUUCUGGGAGAACUGGCGCAAUUGCGUAUACCACUCGCGAGCCUUGUUCAUAGUUCAGCGGGUAUCCGAGUAGAUUCAUUGGCGACUCGCAAAUAUACGACAUUCCUUGAUACCCUCGCCCGAGUUGUGUCGUAUUCCGCGUCCCCAUCCUCGUUACACGCCUCCACCUCUGCAAUUUUUCCUCUUACAACGCUGUUGCAAACCAUGCCCACUCUCAACAUGAACCACACUUUGUAUCUAAAUGACCAAAACCUCCUCCGGCCGUCAAUGCUAACCCGAAUAUGGCCCCGUCUCAUGGUUUUCCCUGCCGUAGCGCUUUAUAUCUAUUCAUCACGGGAAGCAUGGAUUCCAGCUCUCAUUAACAUGCUAAAAGACGCGGAUGAAACUGUUCGUGGAUUUGUCCAGGGAUGGCUCGUGGAACCCCUAUUGGGAGUUUUACAUACGGUUCGUGUCGGUGGGAAAGGUGACGUUCUGGUCAGUAAAGAAGGCGUCGCGGCCGACUUAGAGAGCUUAGAGCGCAUGACGCUGUCACUGGCGCGCGACGCGCUCCAAUAUACACCCUCUCAACUCGAAAGCCUGGCUGAGCAGGUGAGGUUGGGUGAUUUGACACCGGUGAUGGAAAUCUACGAAGAAGACAUCCGCACCCCUUUAAAAUCCGCAAUUACCGGUACACUCCUGCGGAAUGCUUUCAUUCAAGUCCAGAAAGCCAAAGUCGAUAUCGAUCAAGCUCUGGCUGGGAUCGACCGACUUUUGAAAUCUCAAGAGCUGACGUUUGCCUUUGUCGGAGUAGCACCGUCCUUGGCUAUCGUCUGGGCAUUCUUUGGUGCAGCCGGUCGCCUGUUGAAGACCAGCUCAGGCAGCCGGUAUGGUGGCCGCAGAAAAAGGAGAGGAGUAUGGGAACGGCUGCGACGAAUUGAACGCCUUUUGAUCCUUCAACCUCCCUCAGGACCGUCCGUCUCUGAUACAUUGAAUUCAGACUCGCCUAUAGCACCCCUCCCAACAGGCCUUCUUAUCCUUUCUCUGACGCGCCUCCGAUCGUAUGCACUGGCAAAUCUACCUGCAAACAUUCAGGCAGCUUUCCUUGAGGACCUCGGAGAUUUAGAGGAUACACAACUUGGUAGAGAGGCGAAGUUGAGGGUUGUGGAAAGAAUGUGGAGGUGUUGGGGUCAGGGUCAGGAAGCUGUCAUCAGAUAUUAA